AUGGGUUUCCCUUCCGCCCAAAACCACGUCCGCCGCGCCCGCCGCUUCUCGCCGCCGUCCGCCGAUCCUCUGGCGUCCAUGGCCGGCGCUCCCUAUAAAUCCACAGCCUCCACUGCCUCUUCUCGCAUCCCAUCUCCAUCUCCCAUCCACUGCCACUCGCUACCAGCCGAUCUCGAUCUGCUGCAUUUCCUCUAGCGCUUUAGCCUUCAGCCAGCCGAUCUUUCAGAGUUGAUCUUUCAGAGAGCAAGAUCGAAGGAAAGAUGUCGACUGUGAGCCGUGCCUCCCUGGACCAGAAGCUUGCCAUGGCCAAGCGCUGCUCGCGAGAGGCAACCAUUGCAGGAACUAAGGCGGCAGCUGUGGCAACCAUUGCCUCUGCGAUUCCAACUCUGGCGAGCGUGAGGAUGCUGCCAUGGGCGAAGGCCAACAUCAACCCCACCGGCCAGGCCCUCAUCAUCUCCACAGUUGCGGGGAUGGCCUACUUCAUCGCGGCCGACAAGAAGAUCCUGUCGCUGGCGAGGCGGCACUCGUAUGAGGAAGCGCCCGAGCACCUCAAGAACACCUCCUUCCAAGGAACCGGCCGCCCGCACCCAGCUUUCUUCAGGCCAUGAGACAAUUAUGGAGCUCUUCGUCAGUACUCGGUACUAGUACUACAUGCCGUCGUCCCGUCGAUGAUGUCUGAAUAAACUACCAGUCCCAGCUAUUAGCCCACUAAUCCUAGAGGGCCCCCUGUAAUUAGUUUGUACUGUUGGUGAUCCAAUUCAAAGGGAACGAAACUUGAUGCUGCUGAUCAUCAUUGAAGUUUCAAA